AUGGGCGGCGAAGGUCGUGCCUUCCGCGGCAAGGGCGCAGGCGUCGGCAUCGGGAUCGGUUGCGGCUUCGGGGUCGGGUGGGGCUUCGGGGGCGCACCCAUCGGCUUGCUGGGCAUGGGGAUGGGCGGGGGGUGCGGGAUAGGCGCCGGCUUGGGGUGGGGCAUCGGCCUCGCGUUCGGCGCAGAGUACAUCAACACCAACGCGGCGUUCAACGCGGCCACCUCCGAGGACGCGCGCCGGGGGCCGUUCAAGGCGCUGCGGGAUCAGAUCACGAACGUCGUGGCGCCCAGAGCGCGCGUCGUGCAGCAGUACGGGUCCGACGGGCCGAAAAGCGAGUGA